AUGAAUUACAAUGGACAACAAACACCGAGAUUGAAUGGCAAAAACAAAACCCUUGGUGCGCUCUCGCGUCGAACCUUUCUCAUGUUCUGCGCGUUUUGCAUUCUGGUAUCCUUGUGGAUCGCAAACGAUUAUCAACAACCUUACCUGUAUCAUAACUUGAUGUCAUCAACAUUUGAUGAUGGAGAGAAUUCGAAGGAUGUGAAAGAAUGGAGGGGGGCUACCGAAAAGCUCUGCCAAGCAAUAGUAGAACAGCCGUCGACCAGUGAACAAUUGCGAGUCCAAGCAAAGGAAGUAUUGGAAGUGGAGGCCAUUAAGAGGUUUGAGCUUCCAAGACAUGGAAAUGUGAGAGGCGAGAUUCCAAUAGAACGCAAGAAGUACGAAAAAUGCCGUCACGCCUUCAUUGAUCUCGGAACCAACAUUGGCGACUCGAUUGGAUACUUUGUCGACGGUGCCUUGGAUGUUUGCACUCCAAUCUGGAAACGCAAAUUUCCUCGAAGUCGAGUGAAUGAGCAGUUUCCGCACCCGCACUUGGAUGUAGCUAAUUUGGAAAUCCACAACAAGGGAUCUGGAGUCAAUCCAUUAAUGGGAAUGAUGAGAAAAUACAUGACUGCAGAUCCACCAAUGCUCCCCGAAGAUACAUGUGUCUAUGGUAUGGAAGGAAACCCAACAUUUACAGAACGGUUGAAGAAGUUAGAGAAUUUCAUUAUGGACAUGAAACCUCGUCCAGUCCGUCACCUUCACAUUCAUACCGAAACUGUUGUAACCGAGGAGGAUAAGCCAACUACACUCUACCUCGACAAGACUUCCGUCGAGAACAAUUUCUGGGGAUCUAGCAUCUUGAGUAGUCAGCAGGAUGCAGUCAAGACCGCCAAGGAGUUAAAUGGCGGUCAAUCAAUCACAGCAAACGUCAAUGGUCUUCGCCUGACGACACUAGUUAAGAAUACAAUGCUUCCUUACCAACCAGAUGCAACUGAAGACGAUAAGAAAGGUGGCCGACUAAUUAUCAAAAUGGACGUAGAAGGUGCGGAAUACCAAAUCAUCAAAGAGAUUGCAUCUAGCAAUGUCUUGUGCGACUACAUCAGUAUGGGCAACAAGGUUGUCAUGAUUGUGGAAAUGCAUCACAUGUCCAUUACGGAUGCAAAGGAGCGAAUGUCGCAAAAGAAUGGCUUCCAACAGGCAAAGAAGAAGUUGGAAGAAUGCGGUGUGGUAUUUGGAAAACUACAUGCCUACUGGAACUAA